CGGUGUCCAAGGCCAUCUUUGUGCGGGGCCGCGCUUCCGCCGGCUCCGCAGCGGGGGACUCCGCAGCAGGUCCGCUGGCGAUGGAGUGUUGGGGUAGCUCGCCGCUUCGGCUGUGGCUGCUGUUGCUACUCCUGCCCCCAAUGCAGGGUCGCCAGAAGGAGUCAGGUUCAAAAUGGAAAGUAUUUAUUGACCAAAUUAACAGGUCUUUGGAGAAUUAUGAACCGUGUACAAGUCAAAACUGCAGCUGCUACCAUGGGGUCAUAGAAGAGGAUCUGACGCCUUUCCGAGGAGGUAUCUCCAGGAAAAUGAUGGCAGAGGUAGUCAGACGGAAGCUAGGGACUCACUAUCAGAUCGUUAAGAACAGAUUGUACCGAGAAAAUGACUGCAUGUUCCCGUCGAGAUGUAGUGGUGUUGAGCACUUUAUUUUGGAAGUUAUUGGACGCCUCCCUGACAUGGAGAUGGUGAUCAAUGUACGAGAUUAUCCGCAGGUUCCUAAAUGGAUGGAGCCUGCAAUUCCCAUCUUCUCCUUCAGUAAGACAUCAGAGUACCAUGAUAUCAUGUAUCCUGCUUGGACAUUUUGGGAAGGGGGACCCGCCGUUUGGCCAAUUUAUCCUACAGGUCUUGGACGGUGGGACCUCUUCAGAGAAGAUCUGGUAAGGUCAGCAGCACAGUGGCCAUGGGAAAAGAAAAAUUCUACAGCAUAUUUCCGAGGAUCAAGGACAAGUCCAGAACGAGAUCCUCUCAUUCUUCUAUCUCGGAAAAAUCCAAAACUUGUUGAUGCAGAAUACACCAAGAACCAGGCCUGGAAAUCUAUGAAAGAUACCUUGGGAAAGCCAGCUGCUGAGGAUGUCCAUCUUGUGGAUCACUGCAAAUACAAGUACCUGUUUAAUUUUCGGGGUGUAGCUGCAAGUUUCCGGUUCAAACACCUCUUCCUGUGUGGUUCACUUGUUUUCCAUGUUGGUGACGAGUGGCUAGAGUUCUUCUAUCCACAGCUGAAGCCAUGGGUUCACUAUAUCCCAGUCAAAACGGAUCUCUCCAACGUCCAAGAGCUGUUGCAAUUUGUAAAAGCAAAUGAUGAUGUCGCUCAAGAAAUUGCUGAGAGGGGAAGCCAGUUUAUUAUGAACCACUUGCAGAUGGAUGACAUCACCUGUUACUGGGAGAACCUCCUGACUGAAUACUCUAAAUUCCUGUCCUAUAAUGUAACGAGAAGGAAAGGUUAUGAUCAAAUUAUUCCCAAAAUUUUGAAAACUGAACUCUAGUAGUCAUCAUAAGACCUAGUCCUCUCUGUGGCGGCAGAUCUCGAUACCCCAUGGUGAGGAGCUUACCAUACAUGUGGCACCUAUACCCUGAAUUCCUUUUAUCAAGCCAAAUAUGUGAUUUUCCUUAUCAUGCUGCACUCUUGAGAAAGAUCUACAAAGUGAAAAUACAGAGACAUGAAGCAGCUCAACUCUUUGGCUGGAUGAGGAUCAGACAUCAUGAGAUAUGGAUUUUGAGCCUGAUUCUACCUUUCAUUUUCUUAAGACCAAUCACAGCUUGUGCCUCAGAUCAUCCACCUGUAUAUGUCUGUCACUGUGAAAUUGACUGUGUCCAUGUGGCGAUGCCGUUUGUCCUAUUAUUUGGAGUAGAAAAUUCAUUAUUUGGAACUAGUACAACUCAUUGCUGCAAUUCUGAAUUUAUUC